CAUUCUUUUAUCAUCUUCGCGCAUCGGCUCUGACACGUACCACUUUGUUUUUCGCAUCAAAUAAAAACUUGUUUUACCGUAAUUUUUAUUGGAUUUCAUGCACAAAGUGCAUCUAACCGCUAUGUUCCGCUAGUAGGAGACCUGUUGCCGGUGAAAUUCAGAAGAUUGUUUGCGGGGCAAGAGUGAUUUGGAAAGUUUUGUUUUCGCAACGCCCAUAGCAUCGAAAAGAAAGACCAUCGAAAUGGAAACAUUUGGCAUUGUACUGCUAGUGUUGGUUGCGGCAGCUAGGACUACUGCUGCGGCGGAAAUUAACUCCGGUGGGCCACAAAAUGGGCCUCUCAAAUUACUGGAUAAGGAAGGCUGCUCUCAGCUAAGGGCGCUGUGUCCGAAUGUGCCAAACGAAGCGGAGGAUCUCAAAGCGCUGGAAUGCGUCCAAAGUCUGUCCCAGGAGCAGGUGGACGCACUGACCGAUGACUGUCAGCAUCUGAUUUGGAGUCAUACGUUGUCCUUGAUGGACGACCGGAAUAUUCAGCGGUUGGUGCAGAAGGGAUGUCCAAAGCAUUAUGAAAAGUUUCCCUGCACCGUCAAGUCCGAUCCGGGUCAGUUUCUGGCCUGCGUAAUCGACAACCGGGAUUCUAUUAAGGGUGAUGGAUGUCGCCAAUACAUCCAGCGGCUGGAAUAUGUAGCCUUUUCCGACUAUCGGCUGAUUCGACACUUUCUGAAAGAUUGUACCAGGGACAUUGAAUCGCUGGGCUGCGGAAGAAUCAGCAACGAUGAUAACAAAGUUUCACAGGGCGAAACCAUAUCGUGUUUGCAGAAUCGUUUGGACCGUUUGAAUGGAGACUGCAAGCGGGGAGUUUUGCACCUGUCCGAGAUUCAAGCCGAUGAUGUAAAGCUGGAUAGGCAGCUUUUUCUUUCGUGUGCAGUUGAUGCCAUUCGGUUCUGCCCGUCGACUCCGCAAGGAACUCAGCUAGUGUUAAGAUGCUUGAUGAAGAAUCGAAACGACGUCCGAAUGACGGAUCAUUGUCAGAAGCAGUUGCUGCGGAGGGAACGUCUUAUUGCUCACGACUACAAAAUGAGUAAAGGUUUAACGCGGGCGUGUAAAGAUGAUAUUAAACUGCAUCGGUGUCGUCGGGGAGUAUCGGACGAUAAAGAUGUACGCUUGGCGCAAAUUCUGCUCUGUUUGGAAGCCGUUCAGAAGAAUAACACGAAACUAGCACAGGAUUGUGUGUCGGAGAUUAACGACCACCGACGAAUGCUGAUGGAAGAUUAUAAACUUUCGCCGGAGAUUUUGACCGGCUGCGCUGACGAUAUCGACAAGUUCUGCAGUAAUUUGGAUGCUGGGGGCAAAACGAUUCACUGUUUGAUGGAUCAUGCUAGACCGAAGAAGAAGAAGGAACGCCGCGUAACGGAGAUUUGCCAGCGUGCUCUGGAAACACUGGUGAAAGUGGCCGAUGUUGGAGAGGACUGGCGAGUUGAUCCCGUGUUGCGGAAGGCUUGUAAGCCCGUAGUCGACGUUGCAUGUGUCGAUACAGAGGGAGGGGAUGCCCGAGUUAUGUCCUGCUUGAUGGAGAAGCUUGGGACGAAUUUUAUGACCGCGGAAUGCGAAUCAGCUUUGCUGCAGAUUGAGUACUUUGUUGCGAGGGAUUUUAAGUUGGAUCCUCAACUGUACAGAAAUUGCAAAGACGACGCUAUUCGAUUCUGCCGGGCAAAGAAAACCUGGGCUGAUGUGGAUACCGCCCAAAUGGAUCCGGAGCGAGGUCCUCUAAUUUUACCCUGUCUGCACCGGUACGCCUAUCACCCUGAGAAGGAUAUGCAACUGAAACAGGAAUGCUUCCAGGAAGUGAAACGUGUCAUGCGACAGCGUGCUCGUUCGGUCGAUCUGAUCCCUGAGGUCGAGGACGAAUGCAUUGACGAUUUGGCUUACUUUUGUUCGGAUAAAACCGGCAAAGGUGAGGAGAUGCUCUGUUUGCAGGAAAAUUUGGAAAAAUUGCAGCAAAAGUGCAAGGAUGCCGUUAGUACCUACACCGAAGAGGAGGCAGCUCAUAUUGAGUUAAAUCCAGUGAUUAUGGCCGUUUGCGGUGAUGCCAUGCAGAAGCAUUGUUCGGAAAUUUUGAAAACCGGAAAAGAUGAAGGCGAUGUAAUGGAAUGUCUUAUUUCGUACAAAAACGAUCCGGAUCUGCGAAACGAUGUCAAGUGUCGGUCGGCGAUUGAGCACUUUCAAAUCAUCACACUCAAAAACUACCACUUUACGUACAAAUUUAAGGAAGCCUGUCGUCCGUAUGUCACUCGAUUCUGUCCACAGAGCAACACCAAGUACGACGUAGUCGCUUGUCUCAGCGAAGUGAUGCGAAACGAUACCAUCAAGGGGGCAAAGCAUUCCAUUCCGAAGGAAUGCCGGCAACAGGUACGGGCUCAGCUCUACCAGCAGCGGGAGAAUAUCGAUUUUGAUCCGAAGCUGAAGGCUGCCUGCCGGGAGGAAAUCAACACCUACUGUUUCAACAUUCCGCACGGAUCCGGCCAGGUGAAUAAUAACAAUGUCUUGGAAUGUCUGCAGACGCAUCACGGAAAGCUUGGGGAGCAAUGUCAGCACAUGCUGUUCUCGAUCAAAAAAUCCGAGCUCAGCGACAGUACCACCGAUUACAUGCUACUGAAUACGUGCAAGGAAAUGAUUCACCAGUACUGUCGGGAUGGGGAACCGGCGGCAAUCUUGAAUUGUCUGAAGAUCCACAAGGACGAGAAUCUGUUCGACGCGAAAUGUCAUCUGGUGGUGGUGAAUCGAAUGAUCGAGCAGAACAUGGACUACCGGUUCAAUCCGACGUUGCAGAAUGCUUGCGCGAGGGAUAUUGCUGAUCACUGUACGGACAUUGUGGCCAGUGCGAAAGCGAACGAGGAACUGAACGGAAAAGUGAUCGGGUGCUUGAAGAACAAGUUCCGUGAAGGGAAGUUACAUACGGAUUGUGAGAAGCAGAUGACGGAGGUUUUGCACGAGCAGGCGUUGAACUACAAGUUGAAUCCGUUGCUGCAGAGUGUAUGCCGGGACGAAAUUCAGGUGUUGUGUAGCUUGUCGGUCGAGUCGGGAGCCGUGGAGGAUUAUGGUAAGGUGGAGGAAUGUUUAAAACAAGCCUUCCUUGAUAAAAAGCUGGUUAAUCGCGCCUGCAAAGUAGAGGUAGCCGAAUUGAUACAAGAGGGUAAGGCUGAUAUAUAUGCCGAUCCGAUGCUGCAGCGUGUGUGUGCGGUGGAUUUGCUCAAAUAUUGCUCCAACGUGCAGAGCGGAAACGGAAGACUUCUAAAAUGCUUAGAGGUAAUCCUGCAAGACGAAUCAAAAGCACUGGAUGAUGAAUGUAAAACCACGUUAGUAAAACGGAUGGAAAUGUUUCGUAAUGCGGCUGUGGUGAUUCCGCAGGCUGAAAGUUUCAGUCAGCUGUACACACAGGUGAUACGCUCACCAUCGAAGCACUAUUUCAUGCUGGUGUUGCUCAGUUUUGUAGGCUUCAUCUUCAUCUUUGGAUUGCUGUGCGGGCGUGUUACGCGACGGACGAUUGCCAUGAAGAACAAGUAGUCACGAAGGUGCCGAUCGUUCCGGCCUAGAAACACACCAAAACUGGUCGCUUAUUUGUAAGUUAGAGUACUUUGGCUUUCGAUAACUUUCUUUAGCUAAACUGAACGGAACGAAUGCUGCUGAGUGUAAUUGAUCCUUCCAACCCCCUCAACACCCGCCAGUCGUUAUACGUGUCCGUGUUAUGUGAUUAUAGUUAAGGAUAUUUUUUAUCAAACAUCUUCGGGCAGCUCGACGACCAGUGAUAACUAUUACUUCAAAGGCAUUUUGCAGCAACUAACUAUCCCUUUAUCAACUGCUGCUUAAUUUGAUGCGAUACAUAUUUUACCAAUGUGUUUUUGAAAUAUUGCUCCUGAAUUUUGUAAUAUACUUUUUUCAAAUAGUUAGAAACUUGUGCUGUAUACCACUCUACUAGCGAUUAAACAAUAUCAAUCAGAAACACAAUAAAACUUUAUUUAGAGUGUUGACCGAGAAUAAACUACUAACGAAUGUAAAACAAAAAUAUAACAUCAUAGAAGACAUUUUAUACGUAGUUUUUAACUUAUCAUUGUAAGGAUCACAAUUAGAAUGAAAUAAAAGAAAGUUACAUAAAA